AUGGGCGCGGUGGAGUCGUCGGCGUGGAUGUCUGCCGCGGCGCGCAGGUGGCUGGAGAACGCCGGCGCCACGGCGGAGGACGCCCCGGGCCGAGGCUUCAACGCGCUGCCGCUCUCCGGCGUGCGUGUGUCCCUCGCGGAGCGCGGCCGCGCGCUCUGCUCGCUUCGCGUGCCGCCCCACCUCACGGACGCGGAGGGGAACUGGCAUGCGGGCGCCAUCGCGGCGGCGGUGGACAACGUGUGCGCCGCGGCCAUCAUGUCCGUGGAGGGCAUCAUCAAGGUCUCCAUCCACUACGACAUCUCCUACUUCACAACGGCCAAGCUCCAUGAUGAAGUGGAGAUGGAUGGUCGGGUGGUGGAGCAGAAAGUGCGGAUGACAGCGGUGGCAGUGGAGGUCCGGAAGAAGGAAUCCGGCGAGCUGGUGGCCAUCGGGAGGCAGUGGAUGACGGCCUCCAGGCCCAAAGUCGUUGCUGCUCACAGCAAGAUAUGA